GACGGCCCCGACCCCGCCCCACUCCAGCCAUGGCCACGGCCCCGCCACGCACUCGCCGGCGUCAACAGCCUCUGCCCCGCCGGGCGACGCCGCUCGACCCUGUCCAUGGCCUCGGCCCCGCCCUAGGAGGCCCAGCCCCCAUAGCCUCGGUUCCGCCGCGCGACACCGUCCAGCGCCCCCGCCCCUGACCAAGCCUGACGGCGCUGCUGCAGUCCGCCGUCGAGCGGUAGCCACAAACACGGCGCCAGCAUGCAGUUCGGUACCAAACGUGGCUUCAUCCAUGAGACAUGCUCAUCCCCUCCCGCACUGCAUCACCAGGCGAGCCGCAGUGCAUUCACCACGCGAGCCACACUGCAUCAACACUCCUCACCGCCGUGGAUCCCGCGUCUCCCCACCACCGGAUCCAGAUAGCUGCACGACUCCGACGCCUCCAGCCGCCCCCACCCCUCUGGCUUUAUCUCUGUUCAGUGGCGCCACCACCACUCCGUCAUCCCCUACCCGGAGUUUACUCUCUCCUCCUUGUCUCCUUCGUCUUGCAUCGGCAGCGAGAUCCUCGUUCAGUUCGUGCUGGUCCGCUACAUGCAGUUUAGAAGCCUUUAAUUUUGCAGGAGGAGAGGGGCGCGAAGAGGUCCGUCGGCGAAGUGCAGUUCUGCCCACGGCGAAGUGCAGCUCGACCAGCGGGGACCUGCAGUUCUGCCCAUGCUGUCGAAGGAUUCUAACUCUGCACAUGGGCGUGCAGUACUGGUAGUGGGGAAGUGCAGCUCGACCAACGGGGGGCUGCAGUUCUGCCCACGGCGUUGAAAGCUUCUACUAUAUAAAUGGGCGUGUAUUACUGCCGGUGGGGGUGCAACUCGUACGAAGAACAACUGGAGGUCGGUUCAGGAUGAUCGGCUCGGAGUGCAUGCAGGCGUUGCAUUUCGUCAGCAAUGCUGAUUACAUAUUAGUUAAUGGCUCUAUAAGGAUGCGUGAUUCCCUCGCGCACAUACGUGUUUACUCUAUGAGUAUUGUUACAAAGUACAACGACAUCACCCAGCACUACCUCACCUCCACUGCAUAUAUGUUUACUUGGAUCUUCAGAAAAGGGCAAGACCACCCACCCCCACCCCCAGUUUUUUGGCAGACGGAUAUACGCAGGAGAGACUUGGCCGUACGGUACAGGGCUAAUCAUCUCCUGCCCAGGAGCAAUCAUCUCCUGCUCCAAACAGCCCCGACGUGCUGCUGAGUGUUCUACCAUCCAGGAAUUGUGUGGGUUUUUGUUUCGACUCGCUUCCAAAAUAUAGUUUUGAUUCCUAUUUAUUCUGUCCCUUUUGGAUGACUGUCCUGAAAUUGAACAGUGAGUUGGAGAAUGCCGCUUCUUUCACUCUGAUUCAAUCUUGAACGGGUGCUGAUGCAGAUCAACUGAGGUAUGGAAAUCACUGCCGCAUUUUGCAGCAGUUGAUGCAUCUUGCAUCUUGCAUGUUCUGCCCACUCCGAGCCGAUCAUCCUGCAUGCACUGGUCGAAGCUGGAGUUCGGUUCAGAAGUUGGAGGUCGUGUAACUCGAUUGGUGCUCCCCCAGUGCAGCUCAUAAAAAUUUCUCUGUUUAGAUAUGCAGUGUAGAGCAUAGUUGACCGGGGAUGCUCAAGUGUAGUUUGUCUCUUUUUUCUUGAAGUAUUGUGUAGUUUGUCACUUGUGCCGUGCAGGUUUCCUUUGUCUAUGUGGAUCACUUUGUGAAAAAAUUUGUACCAAGGAGUUCACGUUUUAUUGUUUUUGGAGGAGUUGUUUUUGCAA